ACAGAGCAGAAAUGGAGAAGAUUAAAGGAAUAUUUAAUUCUUAUGAGCACUUCAUGGUGCUUUUCAUUACUGAUCUCACUGUUGACCAAAGUGUGAUAGAUUUUGUAGAAUCCACAGAAUCUCUGAGGAUUGUAAGUCUCUAUGGGAGUUGGUACGAUGUGGUGGGCUUGAAGGACCAGAGAAACUCCAGACAGAUCUCAGACCUGCUUAAUUGUAUAGAGAGCAUGAAGACUGAACCCUAUUCUCUUCAGACGUACAUGAGAGCUCCAGAGAAGAGAGUCAGACAUGAACUAGAGGAGAAACUAAGAGUGAAAGACAAUGAAAUUAAAGAGUUACAGCAAAAGAUCAAGACACUGGAUCCAGAGUGUGUGAAGCUGAAUCUGGUUGUGUGUGGGAGUAACAGAGGAUUAAAAUCCUUAAUCUCAGAGCUGAUCCUAAAUCAGAGCGAGAGAAGAUCAGAUUCAGAGUGUGUGAGGAGAGACGUGGAGCUUGAUGGAUGUCAGAUCAGUCUGGUGGAGCUUCCAGCUCUGUUCAACACUCAGCUCUCAGAAGAGGAAGUGAUGCGUCAGACUCACCGCUGUGUGUCUCUCUGUCAUCCUGGAGUUCAUGUCUUCAUCUUCAUCGUUCCUGAUGCUCUACUUAAUAAUGAAGACAAAGCAGAAAUGGAAAGGUUAAAGAGAAUAUUUAGCUCAAGAAUCAACAAACAUCUCAUGAUCCUCAUAAAGCAGAGCUCAGAUCAUCAGACAGCAGAACUAAAUGAAGAAACACAGUCUGCCAUUCAGAGUUUAGGAGGUCGACAUCAUUUCAUUGACCCGAACACACAAGUGUCUGUGUUGAUGGAGAAACUGCAGCAGAUGGUUGAGGAAAACAGCGCUGUUUGUUUCUCCACAGAGACACUGAUGGAAGCACAGAUGGAAAAACUGCUGAAAUUUGAUGAAAUGAAGAGGAGAAUCCAUUCAUUAGAGACGAGGUUUCAAUCACAAGAUUUAAGAGAAAGAGAAGAUGAACUGAGGAUUGUGCUGCUGGGAAAAACUGGAGCUGGGAAGAGUUCAACUGGAAACACCAUCUUAGGAAGAAAAGUGUUUAUUUCAGACAUUUCUCAAGAAUCUGUUACUAAAGAGUGUCAGAAAGAGACAGCUGAAAUUAAUGGCAGACACAUUACUGUGAUCGACACUCCAGGACUGUUUGAUACUGAAAUCAGCAACAGCAUCUCAAUGAUCCUGCCUGGACCACAUGUGUUUCUCUUAAUAUUACCAGUGGGACAAUUCACUGAAGAAGAGGAAAAAUCUGUGCAAGUCAUUCAAAAGACUUUUGGUGAAAAUUCAUUAAAGUACAUCAUAGUGCUCUUCACCAGGGGAGACUUUUUGAAGAACAAAAUCAUUGAACAGUAUCUGGGAGAACCUGGAUCUACCCUUAAAAGCCUGACUGAAGUGUGUGGAAACAGAUACCAUGUGUUCAAUAACGAGACUAAAGACCAAACACAGGUGACUGAUCUCCUGCAAAAGAUAGACAACAUGGUGAAAGAGAACGGAGGGAGUUACUACUCAUGUAAGAUGUUCAGAGAGAUGGAGAGAGAAAUACAAGAACAACAGAAGAACAUACUGAUGGAGAAAGUGAAGAAACUGAACAGAGAAAGAGAAGAACUGAUGAACAAACAUGACAAAGAGAAAAAGUGGUUGAAGAUGAAGAUGGAGGACGAUCAUGAGAAAGAGAGAAAGAGAAGAGAGGAUGAAUACAAAAGAGACAUUAAAGACUUAGAGGAUCAAGAGAGAAAGUUGCAAGAGGAGAUGAAGAGAGAACGAGAGGAAUGGGAGAAACAGAAACAACAGGAAAGACAAAGAAGAGAACAAGAAGAAGAGAAAUGGAGAAAGAAAGAAAAGGCGAUGUUGGAUGAAUAUUAUCAGAGACUUAAACAAGAGAUAGACAGAAUGAAGAUGAUGAUGGAGGAAGAAAAGCAGAAUCAUGAUCAAGACAGAAAGAGAAGAGAAAAG